AUGAUGGCUUCACCGUACUCGUCAGACGAUAUCCAUUCUCCGGUGAACUCUACAGUUGUUGCAGUAGACAAAGAGAAGCAUAGCCAUUGCGCUGUUCGUUGGGCUGUCGACCAUCUCAUCAAUAUGAUUCACAAUCCUGUCAUGAUUCUUGUCCAUGUUCGUCUCAAAAGCUCCAAUCAUGGAGGGGCUGAUGAUGAACUCAAUCAGCUUUUUACUGCAUAUCGCGGAUAGUGUGCGAGGAAAGGGAUUACUAUGAAGGAAGUUGUUCUAGACGAUUCUGACGUUGCUACAGCAAUCUUGGAAUAUGUUAGUAACAACUUGGUUAACAAUCUUGUAUUGGGAGCAACCUCGAAGAACACUUUCGCUAGGUCUUUUAUGUUUAGUAAACCACAUGAGGUGCAAGCUCACAUAAUGAAAUCUACGCCUGAGUUUUGUUCGGUUUAUGUCAUUUCCAAAGGUGGUAAAGUUCACUCUUCCCGACCAGCUCAAAGACAUAUCACCAAUACCCUUGCCCCGCCUCGUGUACCGUCUUCAGGCUUUCUAAUCCAAUCUUUAUCUGAUAGCGAGCAAGAUCUUAUACCUAGAGUCCAGCGUGGUGCAAGGAACAAAUCUAAUGAGACGACUUAUCCUCACAAUCGUGCCUUCAACGCCACGCAAAAGAGUUACAACAGCCUUGUAAAUGGGUCUAUGGACUUCAACAAUGGAUUUAACCAAGCUGCCUUCCAAAGGAAUCCAACGCUACAAAAUUCAUUUUCUGAUGAAUCUGAAGUUGGAUUAAGCACGAUGGGUUCCAUUGAUCUCUCUGCUCAUAAUAAUAUAGAUUAUUAUGGUGCAUCAAGCUCUUCAGAGGAGUCGAUUCCACAAUCAACUAAAGAUAUUGAAGCUGAAAUGAGAAAGCUAAAGCUUGAACUCAAGCAAACCAUGGACAUGUAUAGCUCAGCUUGUAAAGAAGCACUUACAGCAAAAAGAAAGGCAAACGAGCUAAAUCAAUGGAAAAUAGAAGAAGCUCGUAAAUUCGAAAAAGCGAGGCUUUCUGAAGAAGCAGCAUUAGCAGUGGCAGAGAUGGAGAAGGCAAAGUGUAGAGCAGCUGAAGAAGCAGCUGAGAAAGCUCAGAGAAUGGCAGAACUAGAAGGACAAAGAAGGAAGCAAGCAGAGAUGAAAGCUAGAAGUGAAGAAGACGACAAAGACCGCGCAAUGAGUGCUUUGGCGCAUAACGAUGUUCGCUAUAGAAAAUACACGAUUGAAGAGAUCGAAGAAGCCACAGAUCAGUUUGCAGAUCAUAGGAAAAUUGGUGAAGGAGGAUAUGGACCAGUGUUCCAUGGAGAACUUGACCACACUCCUGUUGCCAUUAAAGUUUUGAGACCUGAUGCUGUUCAAGGAAAACAACAAUUUCAACAAGAAGUUGAGGUUUUAUGUUCCAUAAGGCAUCCUCACAUGGUUCUUCUCCUUGGUGCAUGUCCUGAAUAUGGAUGCUUAGUUUAUGAAUAUAUGGAAAAUGGUAGCUUAGAGGAUAGACUCUAUCGUCGAGGGAACUCCCCUCCGAUAUCGUGGAGGAAACGUUUCGAGAUAGCAGCUGAGAUAGCAACCGCACUCUCAUUCCUACAUCAAGCUAAGCCAGAACCUCUAGUUCACCGCGACCUUAAACCAGCCAACAUACUCUUAGACAGAAACUUUGUGAGCAAGAUCAGCGACGUUGGAUUAGCCCGGUUAGUACCUGUAUCAGUAGCAGAUAACGUCACACAGUUCCACAUGACAUCCGCGGCAGGGACGUUCUGUUACAUAGACCCUGAGUACCAGCAAACAGGAAUGUUAACCACAAAGUCAGAUGUAUACUCAUUGGGGAUAUUGCUACUACAGAUCAUAACUGCAAGGCAACCCAUGGGGCUAACUCACCACGUUUCGAGGGCUAUAAGUAAAGGAACAUUCAAAGAGAUGCUUGACCCGGUCGUGAAUGAUUGGCCUGUAGAAGAGGCUCAAUCUUUUGCUAUGCUAUCGUUGAAAUGCGCUGAGUUGAGAAAAAGAGAUAGACCGGAUCUUGGGAAAGAUGUAGUACCACAUCUUAUUAGAUUAAGAAACUUUGGUUAUGAAUUAUGA